AGCAACUUGAUGGAUUGUGUGGGGAGUAGUAGUCAACUGAGGUCUGGUUUGCAGGUGCCGGAGAUGAACAGCACUCACGCCUGUGAUAAGUAUUAUAGCACUGGAGAAUGCCGGUUUGAGGACACACCGUUCAUGCAGGACGCGUGCUCAAGUCUGUCGGGGUUUAUGAUGUUGCUGCAGACUACUAUGAUGGCGAGGUGUGACAUUGCCGAUCCUUGCAGGAGAUUUGAAACCCAUGAGAUUGAGGAGUAUGAGACCUUCGAUUUCAUAAUCGUCGGUGCUGGAGUAGCAGGUCCAGUAAUAGCCAGAAGACUGGCGGACCACGUGCCCUUCUGGAAAGUCCUUCUAAUCGAGGCAGGCCCCCCAGAGCCCUCAAUGACAGCCUUUCCAGGCUUCGCCUUCAACGCCAUCAACACCUCCCUCGACUGGAGCUACAAGACCGAGCCGACGCAGCCGCACCCCACAGCCUGCCUAGAAACCAACGGGAUCUGCACCUGGCCGAGGGGUAAAAUGGUGUCCGGUUCAGGCGGAAUGUACGGUAUGAUGUACGUCAGAGGCCACCCGGAGGUCUUCAACAGGUGGGCAAGAGCGGGCAACGAUGGCUGGUCGUACGACGAGAUUGAGCACUACUUCGAGCGCGCUGAGGACGUUGAAGUCCCCGGGAUGACAUCGGGCUCUGACAGACCACCGACGGGAGAGAGGGGCCCCUUAAAGAUCAAGUAUUACGAUCACAGACCUGCCUUCACCGAGGAGGUCCUCAAGGCAGCUGCCGAGUUGGGUUACAAGACGUCUAGACUAGCUGGUGAAGACAGCACAGGCUUCAUGAUUGCUCCCAUGAUUAUUGAGGACGGUAUACGCGGGACAACGUCUAGGCUCUACCUCAGACCGAUCGCACAUCGACCCAAUCUGAAGAUCCUAACUCAUGCUUAUGUCACGAGGAUCGUGAGACACAACUGGGAAGGCGCAGCGCGAGGGGUUGAGCUCAUUGACAGGAAUGGUGUUAGGAAAGUCAUUCGCGCUGACAAAGAGAUCAUCCUCACGGCUGGUGCCAUUGGAUCCCCCCAGAUUCUGCUGAACUCCGGCAUCGGACCCAAAGAGGAUCUUGAUGAACUGGGAAUCCCCGUUUGGCAGGAUCUACCUGUCGGUCGCAAUCUCCACAAUCACGUGUCAUUUGGCAUCAAGAUGACCAUCAAUGACACUCAUUACGAAGACAUAACUGUGGAAGCUGUGGAGAAGUUUUUGCACAAUCGCACUGGACCUCUGAGUAGUACAGGAUUGACCCAGGUCACAGCAUUUUUGGAGAGCUCUUACACAACUCCAGGAGUACCUGACAUUCAAGUGUUCUUUGAUGGCUUCAGCUCGAAAUGCCCCAUGCACGGUGUCAAGGGCGAAUGCCCUGGGGGGACUUUUGGAUCGUGCCCGACUAGGAGGGAAUUAGUUGCCAGACCUACUACGGCUAUUGUUAAGACACGAGGCGUGCUCAAGUUGAGGUCUAAGAAUCCGCUGGAUAGGCCACUGCUGUAUCCUAAUUAUCUCACUGAUGAACAGGAUCUCAUGGUGCUUAUGGAGGGCAUUAGGAAGGUCGAGGAAUUAAUCGACACGCCCACGAUGAAGAAGUGGGACUUGAGGUUCGAGGAGACCAACGCUGGGGCCUGUUCUAGAUAUCACUUUGGGACAGACGCCUACUGGGAAUGCAUGAUCAGAACCCAAACGGGCCCAGAGAAUCAUCAAGCAGGAACUUGCAAAAUGGGCCCAGCAAUUGACCCAACAGCUGUGGUAGACCCAGAACUUCGAGUUCAUGGAAUCCCAAAUAUCAGAGUAGCGGACGCCUCGAUCUACCCAGAAGUACCAAACGCCAAUCCCACGGCUUCAAUCGUCAUGAUCGCUGAAAAAGCAGCCGAUAUGAUCGGAAACACGUGGUUCGGCAUUUAGGAAAAUUUUGUUAUGUAUAGGAAUUUCAAAUGUGAAUAAAGACUUGUUAAAUUUAUCUCAUUGUAUGCUGAAGAGAAGAAUAUUUGUUAAGAAUAAUCUCUCAUGACUUGCGUGAAUAGCACAUCGUCAGUAUAAAUAAACUGCAUUGUUAUGAUAAA